GCCGGCGUUCUGAAGAGCUCUUGCCUCUGGAUCUCUUCUGCUUUGCUAAAUAUUUAGAUUAGAGGUGACAGCUGAGCAGCGUCUUCAGCACGGUGCGUUUCGUGGGAGCCCGUCUGGGGCUGCCCCAUGUGGUCUCCGCCACCCUUGGCAGAAGUAACCCGUGCUGGCACGUGGCCACGGUUCCCCCCGGUGCCCUGUGCCGAAAAACGGGCCGGAUUCCUGCCUCGCUGUGGCUUUCCUCUCCUUCCUGGCAGGACGGCUCCCCUCGGCGCUGGGCAGGCCUUGCCGCGCAUCUGCAGGCAGCGGCACGCUUGCUCGUCCCGGCUGGCGGGUGCCCCGGGAGCGCCCGGCGCUGCUCCACGCGGGCCCGGGCUGGUCUUCGGCAUGCUGUAUCCUGCCUAUGCUUCCUACAAGGCCGUGAAGACCAAAAACAUCCGGGAAUACGUGCGCUGGAUGAUGUACUGGAUCGUGUUUGCGAUCUUCAUGGCCACGGAGACCUUCACUGACAUAUUUAUUUCCUGGUUUCCCUUCUACUACGAGAUCAAGAUGGCCUUCGUCAUCUGGCUGCUCUCCCCCUACACCAGAGGAGCCAGCCUGCUGUACCGCAAAAUCGUGCACCCCACGCUGUCCCGCAAAGAGCAGGAGAUCGACACGUACAUCGUCCAGGCCAAGGAGCGCACCUACGCGACCAUGGUGCGCUUUGGCAAGAAGGGCCUCAACAUAGCAGCCACGGCCGCGGUGCAGGCGGCCGCCAAGAGCCAGGGCGCCCUGGCCGGGCGGCUGCGCAGCUUCAGCAUGCAGGACCUGCGAUCCAUCCCGGACGAGGCCCCCGUGCAUUACCGGGACCCCCUGUACCUGGAGGAGCCAGAGGGCCAGGGGCAGCCGCUGGGCUACCGCGUGGCUGCGGCUGCCCGGCAGUGCGAGAGUGACACGGACGAGGAGGAGUGCUGGUCGGACUCGCCGGUCUUGCCCAAGGCCGUGUCCCACGGCAGGGACCCCAAGCCGCUCUCCAGGAGCCAGAGCCUGCGCACGGUGAAGAAGAAGCCGCAGAGCAAAGAGGGCUCCUCCCGCCUGCUGCGUGCCCGGAUCAGGAGGAAGGCAGCUCAGCAGGACCAGGACAGUUAGUGCCCUUGGGGCGGCCCUUUGCCAGGAGUCUUAACCUGAGUUUGCUGCUGCAGCACGAGGAGGGAGCCACGGUUUGUGCGUCCUUGGGCCCCGCGGCCGCUCCCUCCCGCGUGCCUCACGCUGGGCGGCCGGGGAGGGGGUUCCCUGCCACUUUACACUGUAAAUAUCUCGUUGUUUGCCCUUUGCCUCUUCCUGGCUGCUCUGUACAUCCAGGGAGUUAUCUGGCUGCUAAUCGAGCCCAGCUGCUUUGCAGAGGGAGGGCAGGUCUGUCCUGAAACUUUCUGACCCUGACGUGGCCCCGAGGCCCUUCCCAGCUGUGCCCCCUCCCCGAGCAUUGCUGCUGCGGGCCGGCACCGGCGCCUCUCCCGCUGCGCCCUGGGCUGGCUCGUGUGCCGGGGGAGCGGUGCCACGCGGGGAGUGAUGCCACGCAGGGUCCCAGCCCUCACCCUCUCCUCCGCCCUGGUGAACACUAAGGGCUCUGCUGGGAAGCCGUGUCCUUGUCUCGGUGUCCCUUUGGGGCCCUGCUCUCCUGCCACUGUGUUGCCUUACUCCCUGUGUCCCUCUCCUCCGGAGAGACGUGCCUUGUCCCAUCUGUCCUCUGUGAAGCCAAAGGCGCAGCCCGCGCUGUCCUGGCCGUGCCGGCAGCCCCGGCUGCCCUGCGUCCUCCUCACUUGAAAGCGGAGCACCAGUGCUGCCCGCGGGCUGCCCGCACCACGCGGCUCUCCACCUUUUCCUCUCCCAGACAGGAGUUUUGUACAUGGACAAUAAACCUUAUUUCAGACUUUCA